UGUGUAUACACUGAUGGUCUGACCGCUUUGCUUCUUGUUGUUUUUGCUGCGUACGCCGUACGGAACGGGAACGGUAUACGAAAAGUUAUUAGUUGUGAAGAUUGAAUUCUGCAGAGAGACAAAGAUAGAGACGCAUUACUGCUAAUUGAAAGAUGUCCGCUAAGCGCAAGGCAGGUGGUAACGGGGCCGGUCCCAACAAGCGUCGCCCAAAGAAGAAGGAAUCAGACUACGAGGAUGAGUUCAGUGAUGAAUCCGACGACGAUGUCGCCCAACAGCAACAUGCUGCCGGUCAAAUGGAGGUGCUAAUACCACACGAUAGUCUGGAUCCGCCCAGUAAGCUGCCAGAGGAUUUGCUAGCGACUCUGGAGAAGACACCGGGUCAGCUGCUGAUAGCAGGCAUGGUGACCUGGGAUCUAACCGGCAAACGGGAUCGCAAAAAUGUCACAAAAGUGCGUCCCAAUCUGUAUAGCUUUCAUCGCUUUACAGAUGAGAUGUAUCGGUAUGCUGCCAGUGGACCAGCUGCAGCACACACAAUACUCAUCAACAUGGAUCGCAAGGCAUUGGGCUUUGGACGCAAUCCCAGUGGUCAGCUUGGCUUGAGCCAGGAUAUGAAGCUGGUGGAGAAGCCAACACUCAUUCCAGCACUGGAGCAGCUGAAUAUCGUACAAGUAGCCGCUGGGCGGCAUCAUACGCUCUUCCUCACCGACACAGGCACCGUCUAUGCCUGCGGAGAGAACAAGUCCGGGCAAUGUGGUGUGGGCAAUGCUCAUCCAAAUAUAUUUACACCGACUCCAAUUAAUUAUCGUGGCCCACCUAUUAUACGCAUCGGCUGCGGUGCCGAAUUCUCAGUUAUACUCGAUAUUAAGGGCAAUUUGCAUACGUUCGGUUUGCCGGAAUACGGUCAGUUGGGCCACAAUACGGAUGCCAAGUAUUUUGUGAAUGCCAAUAAGUUGUCAUUCCAUUUUGAGACAUCACCGAAGAAGGUUGUGCUCUACAUUGAGAAGAGCAAGGAGGGGCAUGUGACACCUGUCGAUGGUGUACAGAUUGUCGACUUCGCGUGCGGCAACAAUCAUACGGUGGCAAUUGACUCCAAGAAGCGAGUUUAUAGCUGGGGUUUUGGGGGCUUUGGUCGCUUAGGUCAUGCCGAGCCCAAGGACGAGAUGGUACCGCGUCUCAUGAAGUUCUUUGAUUCUCAAGGACGUGGUGGACGCAGCGUCUACUGCGGCUCAACCUUCAGCUUGAUUAUCAACGAGCUGGGACUGCUUUAUCUGUUUGGCCAAAAUAAGAAGACUGGCGAAGCCAACAUGUAUCCCAAGCCAGUGCAAGAUCUGGCAGGCUGGAACAUAACAGCAAUUGGCUGUGCCAAUACCUCAAUUAUGAUAUCGGCGGAUGAUACUCUAAUUGCCUGGGGCGCAUCACCCACAUUUGGCGAGCUGGGCAUUGGUGAGUUCCAGAAGUCGUCGACGGUGCCAAAAGAGGUGCCCAAAAUGGACGGCAUUAAAAUACCUCAGGUUACCAUGGGCUACUCCCAUACGGUUUUGCUUGUGGAUACCACACAUGAGGCCACCAAGCAGAAGUAUGAGAAGAUGCCCGAAUAUACUAUCGAAGAUUAAACACACACCAGCAACAAAUAUAAAAGGAAUAUAGAAAUAUAGAAAUGAUAAAAAAACUAAAUGAUAAAACAUUAAGUAUACCGCUGCCAACAACAAUACUGCUAUAUUUAUAUAGAUACUACAAAACAAAACUUGAACUGAUCAACGAAACUCUGCUGCUACUUACUGAAGACAAAACAAAAACAAAAAAAAAAAAAACAAAAAAAAGGAGAAAAAUUCAGAAUUAACUCAUUCACAUUUCAUACUAUAAGUUUUAAAGUACUUUAUCUAUGCAAAUAACUCUCUCACGAACUCCCACAACUUAUAUCUCAAAUAUCUUUUAUGUAUUUAUGAAACAGCAUUACGAUUUGUGAAUUAAGUACGUUUCUUUCGUAAUUUAUUUAACUAUUCCCUUGCUAUUUAUGAAAAGUAUUUUGUAUGAAUCGCUGUCUUUAAUUUAUUUCCGCCCAUAAUUAGGCUUAAAAUUUGUUCAAAAAAACCUAUAUUCCAAUAAAAACAAAAAUACAAUAAAUGUAUGUAUACAAAUAUAAUUUUUAAAUACGAAAUGCUGCUUAGUUCUAUAAGAUCCAUUAAUUUACUAUUGUCCAAUAAUCACAGCAUGAACAACCCGAAAAAAAAAAACAAUACAAAAACAACUACAAUGUAUAAUUAGGGGCAUAAGUUACAUAUAUAAAUAUAUAUACAACAAAAAUUAAAAAAGAAGUAUACAAUGGAUGAAACUCCAAUACAAGUUGCAACUAUUAAAAAACAUCAAGCAUUUUAAUCAUAUACAAGAAUAUUUAAAUAAAGAGAAAACAUGUUAGUAUUUAAA